AUGAUGCUGGCGUGCGGGCGUGUCCGGCGGCUGUUCCGCCAGCUCACCCUCCAGACCGGCCUGCUCCUGCUCUUCCUCUUCUGCAUGGUCAGCGUCUUCGUCUCCGCCUACUUCCUGUAUGGCGUCAAGCGGGACCUGGAGCCGGCGGUGGGGGCAGCAGGGGCGGGGUUGGAGGCAGUGUCAGACUGCGACGAACCCAGGCCCACGCCCUCACGGCUGCUCCCACUGAGGACGGCACGUCCCUCGGACACGGCGCGCACUGACCCUGUGGUGCUGGUGUUUGUGGAGAGCCUCUACUCCCAGCUGGGCCAGGAGAUUGUGGCCAUCCUGGAGUCCGGCCGCUUCCGCUACCGCACCGAGAUCUCACCCGGCAAGGGUGACAUGCCCACCCUCACCGACAAGGACCGCGGCCGCUUCGCCCUGGUCAUCUACGAGAACAUCCUCAAGUACGUCAACUUGGACGCCUGGAACCGCGAGCUGCUCGAUAAGUACUGCGUGGAGUACGGUGUGGGCAUCAUCGGAUUCUACAAGGCUAAUGAGAACAGCCUUCUCAGCGCCCAGCUGAAGGGCUUCCCCCUCUUCCUGCGAUCAAACCUGGGUCUGAAAGACUGCAGCGUGAAUCCCAAGUCCCCACUCCUCUCCGUCACCCGGCCAGGUGAGGUGGAGCGUGGCCCACUCCCGGGCGACGACUGGACCGUCUUCCAGUCCAACCACUCCACCUACGAGGCAGUGCUGCUGGCCAAGGCCCGGGCACCCGGCGACAGCGGGACGCCCCAGGUGUCGGUGGUUCAGGACCUGGGCUUGCACGACGGCAUCCAGCGAGUCCUCUUUGGCAACAACCUCAACUUCUGGCUGCACAAGCUGGUUUUCGUGGACGCUGUGUCCUUCCUCACCGCCAAGCGGCUGGCGCUCUCCCUCGACCGCUACCUGUUGGUGGAUAUCGAUGACAUCUUCGUAGGCAAGGAGGGCACCCGCAUGAAGGUUCCGGACGUCAAGGCUCUGUUGGAGACGCAGAACGAGCUGCGCUCCUAUGUGCCUAACUUCACCUUCAACCUCGGCUUCUCAGGGAAGUUCUUCCACGCCGGUACGGAAGAGGAGGACCUGGGUGACGACUUGCUGCUGUCCUAUGGGAAGGAGUUCUGGUGGUUCCCUCACAUGUGGAGCCACAUGCAGCCCCACCUCUUCCACAACCAGUCGGUGCUGGCAGAACAGAUGCUGCUCAACAGGAGGUUUGCUGCAGAGCAUGGUAUUCCCACUAACCUGGGCUACGCGGUGGCUCCUCACCACUCUGGUGUGUACCCAGUACAUGUGCAGCUGUACGACGCCUGGAAGAAGGUGUGGGGGAUCAAGGUGACCAGCACGGAGGAGUACCCCCACCUGAAGCCUGCCCGAUUCCGCAGGGGGUUCAUCCACAGCGGGAUCAGCGUCCUGCCAAGGCAGACGUGUGGCCUGUUCACCCACACCAUCUUCUACAGCGAGUACCCGGGGGGCCCCCAGGAGCUGGACAAGCUAAUCAACGGAGGCGAGCUCUUCCUCACUGUCCUGCUUAACCCUAUCAGCAUCUUCAUGACCCACCUCUCCAACUACGGGAACGACCGCCUGGGCCUGUACACCUUCCGGAACCUGGUGAAGUUUGUGCGCACCUGGACGCGCCUGAGGCUGCAGACGCUGCCCCCCGUGCAGCUGGCGCAGCGCUACUUCCAGAUCUUCCCCGAGGAGCGGGACCCGCGCUGGCAGGAUCCCUGUGAGGAUAAAAGGCACAAAGAUAUCUGGUCCAAGGAGAAGACGUGUGACCGCUUCCCCAAGCUGCUCAUCAUUGGUCCACAGAAAACAGGUACGACUGCCCUCUACCUCUUCCUGGGAAUGCACCCCGAUCUGACCAGCAACUACCCCAGCAAAGAGACCUUUGAGGAGAUCCAGUUCUUCAACGGCCACAACUAUCACAGAGGAAUAGACUGGUAUAUGGAGUACUUCCCCCUGCCCUCCAAUAGCAGCUCGGAUUUCUACUUUGAGAAAAGCGCCAACUAUUUCGACUCGGAGGUGGCCGCUCACCGGGCGGCAGCGCUGCUGCCCAAAGCCAAGAUCAUCACCAUCCUGAUCAACCCUGCAGAUCGGGCCUACUCCUGGUACCAGCACCAGCGUGCCCAUGAUGACCCCGUGGCCUUGAGGUACACCUUUCAUGAUGUCAUCACGGCCGGCCACGACUCCCCGCUGAAGCUGCGGAUCCUGCAGAACCGCUGCCUGGUGCCAGGCUGGUACGCCAUACACCUGGAGCGCUGGCUGAGCCACUACCACCCCAGCCAGGUCCUGGUGCUGGAUGGGCAGAUUCUCAGAACAGAACCUGCAUCAGUGAUGGAUAAGAUCCAGAAGUUUCUGGGCCUUGCAAACAUCGUCAACUACCACAAGAUUCUGGCGUUCGACCCUAAGAAGGGCUUCUGGUGCCAGCUGCUGGACGGGGGGAAGACCAAGUGUCUGGGGAAGAGUAAAGGAAGGAAGUACCCUGACAUGGACUCAGAUUCGCGGUCCUUCCUGCGGGAGCACUACCGUGAUCACAACAUCGAGCUCUCCAAGCUACUGUACAAGAUAGGACAGCCCCUGCCCAGCUGGCUGAGAGAGGAGCUCCUCAACUCCAGGUAGCAGGACUAGGGGGAGGAGCCAGCCCAGGACCAGCACCUCCCACUCCUCCACACCUGCCAAUGAUGUACCUGACCAGGAGCUGGGAGAGGAGGAGAGGCACGAGGCCCCUCCCAGCCUGUCGGAGGCGCUCGGAGAGUUCUGCUCAGAGAUGGAGGGACUCAGAGGGACAGGGAGGGAGGGGGAGCAAUCAGCGAGACUGCGAGCUCAGACUCUGUGUGUGCAGAAACCUGCUACUCCCUCCCUCUGCUCCGCCCCCCCAGGCCUUACACGGACCCCCCAGCACAGCGCACCCCACAGAGAGAGUGGAAAGGACACACAGAGAGUGUGCUGCGGGGGGGGGGUCAAGCCUGUUUCACUUCUGUCCAGUCGAAAUUAUGAGUCCCGCUCUCUCCCCUGCCUGUAAUAAAGACACGCACAGUCUGUCACGCACCCACACGCAUACACACAACACACCCUUA